AUGGCUUAUUCGCUCCCGAAUCAUAAUCGUCAAUCACCGUCAUCUCCGUUUGAAGGCCAGCAUCUUAUCCAUCAAUACCCGUCUGCCCAUCCACAGGGCCUCGUGUACCCGAUACAAUCCAUGGGCCAUUAUCCCGGUCCAAAUUCUGGUGGGAAUGUACCAUAUGCCGUACCUUAUGCACCAGGGUUCGUGCCUUACUCGAUGCAGCACCCUGGGGCUGGCCAACAUGUCGCGGGUCACUAUCCACAGUAUGUGAAUAAUCCGACGAUGCAGAACAUGGGCCCAGGACAAGCCCCGGGCUAUGGGGCAGGCUAUUACCAUCCGGGUUACGCACCGUCUUCUCGACAUGGAUCACAAUCUGGGCCUGUACAAAUGCGGCACUCGGGUUCUCAAUCCAGACAGGGGAGUUUAUCUCAGGGAACGUCGACGGGACACACGAAGAAGGAUACAGACAAACGGGGAUUGGAUGGAGAAUACGACGUAUCGAAGACAAUUGUGGACGGCUCGAAUCCGAUGAAGUUGGCGCCAGCUUCAUCCAUCUCACCCGAUUCAGCCCUUCUCUCUCAACCCGUACAGACUACACUUAGUACCCCCCGCGGACCACCCCGAAAGCCUAAACAGUCCGGUCACGCCUUAUGGGUGGGAAACCUACCACCCGGCGCAAGCGUGGUCGACCUCAAAGACCAUUUCUCACAGGACGCAACCACCAACAUCGAAAGCGUGUUUCUAAUUUCCAAGAGUAAUUGUGCGUUUGUGAACUACAAGUCCGCCGCGGCCUGUGCGGCUGCUCUCGCUCGCUUCCACGACUCCCGUUUCCAGGGUAUCCGUCUCGUGUGUCGUCUCCGUAAGGGCUUCACAGCUCCGGGGUCAGGUUUGGGUCUCGGUGUGGCGGGUCCAGGUUCUCGGUCUCGUCCGGAGGAGACGAGAGACCCUCCUCAUCCUGGGGUUGAAGUCGGAUCGUUAUCGGAGACCCCGAGUCCUGGACAGCUGGCGGACGGGGAGGGUUCUCGUACUCUGGAUCGGUACUUUAUCGUUAAGAGUUUGACGGUGGAGGAUCUUGAGCUUAGCAAGCAGAGUGGGAUCUGGGCGACGCAGACGCACAAUGAAACUAACUUGAAUCGUGCCUUCGAGAAUACCGAUCAUGUUUACCUGAUCUUCUCAGCCAACAAGUCAGGUGAAUACUUCGGCUACGCUCGCAUGUUAUCACCCAUCAACGACGACGAGGAGCUCGCCCUGGAGAUGCCACCUCGCCCGGAGCCUCUCGCCGGCACAACCGAUGAAUUGGAGGUGACUACAACCGCAGCGACUUCCACAGCCCCUAAGGGCCGAAUCAUCGAUGACUCAGCACGCGGCACGAUCUUCUGGGAAGUUGAAUCCUCAGAAGACGAGCACGACAAUUCCAACGGCGAGAAAAGUGUCGAUGGCACUGGUGCUGGUGCCGGCCCUGGCCCUCCUAUCUCCGCCCCUGGAUCUAUCACAGUCGACGAUGAAGAGGCUCAGUCCUUUGGCAAGCCGUUUCGCAUUCAGUGGUUAUCGACCGAGCGGGUGCCAUUCCAUCGGACACGGGGACUCCGGAAUCCGUGGAAUGCUAAUCGCGAGGUGAAGAUUGCCCGCGACGGUACUGAAAUCGAGCCGACCGUUGGGCGGAAAUUGAUUGCCUUGUUCCAUCUGCCAUGA